AUGAAGUCCUCUCUGUCUCAGACUCUGUGUCCAGAGUGUGAUGAAGACCUCUCUGUCUCAGACUCUGUGCGGCUGGUUGGAGGCUCUGGUCUCUGCUCUGGAUCACUGCAGAUAUGGGACCAGUCCUGGAUCUCGGUCUGUGAAGGGGCCUUGGACCUGAGGGGAGCAGAGGUGCUGUGCAGGGAGCUGGGCUGCAGGGGUCCUUCUGUCCUCCAGGGGGAGCUCUCUUCUCUGGGGCAGACGUUCCACUGUGAAGGCCAUGAGUCUGCUCUGGUGGACUGUCCCCGCUCCAGACCCAAGACCUGUCCCUCUGGACCCAGUGAGGACGUCAUCUGCUCAGAGCCGCUCAGGCUGGUGGGAGGGGCCAGUCGCUGCGCCGGGACAAAGUGGAGGACCCAGGACUCCCAGGUCCAGGACUCCCAGGUCCAGGACUCCCAGGUCCAGGUCUCCCAGGUCGGGGUGCAGGUGGUGCGUGUGCAGUUGGGGUCUCAGUUCUCGGUCCAGUGCUCGGUGAAGCCUCAGUUCCCAGGAGGCUCCUUCCAGCUGCUCUCUCCCUCUGGGAACCACACCCUGCCUGCUGUCAAUCACUCUGCACACUUCCUGUUCAAUCACACUGGCCCCGCCCACAAAGGAGACUACACCUGUGUUUACCACCUACAGGUGUUCAACCACAGCUUCACCUCCGAGAGCGAGAGACUGGAGCUGAGGCUGGGAGGUGGAUACCAGGUGGAUACCGGGUGGAUACCAGGUGGAUACCAGGUGGAUACCGGGUGGAUACCAGGUGGAUACCGGGUGGAUACCGGGUGGAUACCGGGUGGAUACCGGGUGGAUACCGGGUGGAUACCAGGUGGAUACCAGGUGGAUACCAGGUGGAUACCAGGUGGAUACCAGGUGGAUACCAGGUGGAUACCGGGUGGAUACCAGGUGGAUACCAGGUCAUCACAGAAGAGGAGAGAGGAGGAGACGGACCAGGAGAGGAGAGAGGAGGAGACGGACCAGGAGGAGAGGAGAGAGGAGACGGACCAGAAGAGGAGAGAGGAGGAGACGGACCAGAAGAGGAGAGAGGAGGAGACGGACCAGAAGAGGAGAGAGGAGGAGACGGACCAGAAGAGGAGAGAGGAGGAGACGGACCAGGAGAGGAGAGAGGAGGAGACGGACCAGGAGAGGAGAGAGGAGGAGACGGACCAGGAGAGGAGAGAGGAGGAGACGGACCAGAAGAGGAGAGAGGAGGAGACGGACCAGAAGAGGAGAGAGGAGGAGACGGACCAGGAGAGGAGAUAG